AUGAAAAAAAAACAAUUAACUGAGGAGGAAAUGCUUUUAAAAAAGCCAGAGAUUGCACAAAGAAGAAAGCAUCAAAGCAUCCAACGUGCUGAACAAGAUAAGAUGAACACAAUUAAUCACCUUUUAAAAAAACAAGCAUCUAAAAAACGAUCAAAGAAUCAGAACGAAACUGAUAGUAUUAACAAAGAUGAUAAUGUAACGAAUCCACAAACACCGGUUGCAUUUCGUUAUGUUACCAACAAGGAUGGUUGUACAUUAUCAGUUCUAUAUGAUGUUGAGAUGCCAAUUCAAUUUUUAAAAGGACCAAA